AUGAUAACUUUGGGACCUAUGAUCACAGGAGGCCACAGCUUCGAAUUCGGUAUCAAGGACACGCCAGUGCAUGUCGCUUGCAAUGGCAAUAUCCCUCGACUCAAAUGGAUUUCCUCGCAAUUCGUUCUCCUCUGGGACGAGGCCGACAAACGCAGCUGGCUUACCAACGGCACUAGCGCUCUGUCACAUGUCGAUAGAGCCUCAUUAGCAUAUGACAGCACUAAUAAACUCCAAUCGGCCUUUGUCUUCGAAGCAGGUGAUCUACAAGAGUCAACGAAGCCCUUCACUACCGAUUCCGCAAUUGACGUACUCAUCAAUCCCAAAAGCUUGGCUCUCAAGCUUUACCCAGAAAGAAAUGGUUUCAUUGAGGGAAUGCCUCGAAAGGAUCUCGAGGGCUGGGACUUCGAGGACCUCAGCGCGAACCGGGAUCCGUUACAUCCGCGAUUAAUCACUCUUGAGCCUGCUGCCGGACCAGCCCUUUGUGACUACUGGUAUCAACUACCGAGACACCGAUACCUGAUCGCAUGCUCCAUUUCGGAUAUACAGGAUGUCGUUAGAGACCAUCGCAGUUCCGAAUCCGACCAUGCUCGACUGAGUGAUAAUCUGAUAUGGCAUAACGCGGUUAACAUCUCAGGGAAAUGUCAGUGUGGCGAUGAUGCAGGACAUAGUGCAGACGGGAAUGCCACAUGGACUGGUUCGGUGGCAUUCCCGUCUGCACUAUCUCACACAUUGUGUCCGAAUAAGGGCCCCAUCAAACUCGGCGGUGCAGCUGUUUUUGGACACAGCCCGGGCUUCUCCUGGACGUGGGGUGAUACCGGUCCUCCUACACAACGACAAUCAAAACAAGAGAUUGUUGUGAGUUAUGUGUUAGACAAGACAGAUAAGGACAGUGGAGUUGGUGAAAGCGUAGGGGCAUCCUCAUCUGAGAGUCAUGCCUCGCCAAUACCGAGCUCGAGUAUAUCACGUUCACCAUUGUCACUGAGGAAGUCAAACACAGCGUCGCCGAGCGUAAGAAAUAUCUGUUCCCGAAGCGAAUACACUUUUGGAAUCCUUUGCGCGUUAGCGGUCGAGCUGAAGGCAGUACCAGCUCUGUUUAACCAGAGACACCAGUAUCCCCCGAGAGCAAUCGGCGAUAACAAUCAGUAUGCACUUGGGGAAAUGGCUCGAAAUAUGGUAGUAGCAACAUCACUUCCACCUGGAGAAUACGGAACAAACGCAGCCGCAUCAGCAGUGUCUGAUAUGAUGCGCAGCUUCACGUCUAUACAGUUCUGUCUACUUGUUGGCAUUGCCGGUGGCGCGCCCUCUGAGGACAAUGGUAUUCGACUCGGCGAUGUGAUAGUAGGCUUGCCUACCCAGACUUUCCCAGGUGUCAUUCAGUAUGAUCUCGGUAAGGAGAAUGAUGGGUGUGAGUUUGAGGUGACAGACGUUUUGCAACGACCGCCUCGGACCCUGGCCAAUGCUACCAGCAAGAUCCGGUCGGAUCCAGACAUUGAACUCGAUGCACUGAACCCACAUCUUACUAGCAUAGUCGACUCACUCCCAGCAUAUGGUAACCCAGGUCAAGAACUCGACGUGCUCUCCCACGCCGCUUGUACUCGCAGGACGUGCAAACCUGACUGUACCCAUCUUGAGCAACGCCUCCCACGAUUAACGGCAGAGCCUAUGAUUCACUAUGGCCUUGUAGCAUCAGGAAAUCGCGUGGUCAAAGACGCAACCCUGCGAGAUCGGCUAUCUCGCAAGUAUGGGGUGCUAUGUUUCGAGAUGGAAGCUGCUGGGGUAAUGAACAGGGCAGAUUGCCUUGUGAUACGAGGGAUAUGUGACUACAGUGAUGCCCAAAAGAACAAGAUCUGGCAGAACUAUGCUGCUGCUGUGGCCGCAGCAUACACUAAGCUUUUGCUCAGUGCGGUGGCGGCGAACAAUGACCUUGGCGGCGGUAAUGUGAGAACGGAUGGUGAGCCUGUGUUUAAGAGGCGGAGGAUCAAUACUGGUAGUGAAGGACGUGUAUAG